GGGCGGCGAGGAUGCGGCUGCUGCCGGCGGUGCUCACCCUGCUCCUGCUCCUGGACAGCUCGGUGCCGGGGGGUGGUCUGUCACUGGAGAGUCUGCUGACCAACAUGAGGUGUAAGUGCAUCAAAUCCACCGCCCACGUCAUCAACCUGGGGCUGAUCCUCACCAUCGACGUUACGCCGCCGGGCAUUCACUGCAGGAGGAAGGAGGUCAUCCUCACCCUGAAGAAGAACAGGCGGGUGUGCGUGACCCCCGAGGCGCCCUGGAUCCAGCUGCUCAUCCACAAGCUGAUGCAGAGGAACGGCAGCAAAAAAGAGUUACCGCGGCCGCGGCGGGAAGCACGGUGCUGCCGGGCCCCUUGGACACUCCCCACCCCGGCCCUCCCGCUGUCCGGAUCCAAGGAGGCCACGGUUAUGAAUUCCUCGUGGGACAGCAAUGGCACAACCCCCGUGCCCUGA